AUGGGUCAGGGACAGAGCGGCACAGAGAAAGAGGUGACUCUUCAGAACAUCCAGGAGCUCUACCGCAAGUUUGCCAGCGAAUGCCCGAGUGGAAACCUGCACCUGCAUGAAUUCAAGAAGAUCUUUGGAGUCAACAGCAGAUCCUCUGAAGAAGAAUCUGCUUACAUGGACAAUCUGUUCCGAUCAUUUGAUACCAAUAAGGACGGUCACAUCGACUUCCUGGAGUAUGUAACAGCGGUGCAUCUUGUUCUUCGAGGGAAACUGGAGGACAAGCUGAAGUGGUCUUUUAAAGUUUACGACAGAGAUGGAAACGGCUGCCUGGACAGACAAGAAGUACGACACAUAAUCAAAAUCAUCCACAAGAUAAAGAAACACAACAACCCGAGCGUCACGGACACAAAUGUUGAAGAUGUUUGUGACAGAAUAUUUGAACUGGUGGACAAGAACAGAGACAGUCGGAUUUCUUUAGAGGAAUUUAUCGAGGGCGCUGAAAAGGACCCGUGGCUGAUGGAUCAGCUCAAACUGGACAUCGGGCCCUGCGAUUGGUUCAUUGAGCGGCAGGAGAAGACACAGUGA